CCGUGCAUGAGCGCGAGGGAAAGAGUUGUAAACGCAAAGCGCGUGCUGGAAAAGCCGAGGCGUAGAGCUGAGAGCAGCGCGAGCACCGGGGACCAGCAGGGGCAUCUCUCUUAACAACAUCCAGCCUCCCAUCCGCCUGCUCUCCAUUUAUUUGAGAUUUUUUUCGUUUUUAUCGUUGAAGCCUAAACUGUAGGAAGCGAUAGGCCCGAAUUCCGCAGCUAGGCUUUUGUUAGCCCGUGUUGGGGCCAGUUACUGUUGCCCCUCAGCGGGGGAGCGCGUUAUCAUCUUUCGGUUAUUUGGGAGGCAAAUCUGCAGCCUCUCACAGCGUGUUCGUUAAAUAUCGAUUUUAGGUGUGUUGUUGCGUAAUUUCGCAUCUGGUAAAACCGGACUAAGUUACCUGGGAUUUAAAAAAAUAAAUAAAUAAGGAGUGUCGUGGCUCUUUGUGUGGCUUCUGCUUCGUGUCUCUGUUUGCAAGCUUCCAGAAGUUCUGCACUUCGAGCUCUAAAACAUGUGCUCCAGGGUGUGGUUUAUCACAGACCGGCGGAUCAGCCAGGAGUACCCGCAGGUCCAGAUCCUGCGAGCUCUGAAGGAGCGCUGCGCCGAGGACGAUGUUGAAUUCCGCUAUCUUCUCAUGGAUGAGAUCGUCCUGACCAUCACGGAUGGACACCUCGGUCUGAGGGUUGGGCAGGAAAUCGUUACAUCAUUCCCGCAAGUUGCUGUGAUGCGCGUUCCGACCCCAUGGGUCCAGUCGGACAGCGACAUCACUGUACUGCGUCACCUGGAGAAGAUGGGCUGUCGUUUGGUCAACCGGCCUCAAGCUAUCCUCAACUGUGUCAACAAGUUCUGGACCUUCCAAGAGCUCGCCGGGCAUGGAGUGCCUCUGCCAGACACGUACUCCUAUGGAGGACAUGACAACUUCCGCAAGAUGAUCGAUGAAGCCGAGCCGCUUGGUUACCCCGUGGUGGUGAAGAAUGCUCGUGGACACCGAGGUAAAGCUGUGUUCCUGGCCCGGGAUAAGCCCCACCUCUCAGACCUGUGUCAUCUGAUUCGCCAUGACGCACCGUACCUGUUUCAGGAGUAUGUCAAGGAGAGCCAUGGGCGGGAUGUGCGAGUGGUUCUGGUCGGGGGGAGAGUGAUCGGAUCCAUGCUGCGCUGCUCUACCGACGGACGCAUGCAGAGCAACUGCUCACUGGGUGGGGUGGGAAUGAUGUGCCCCCUCAGUGAGCAGGGGAAGCAGCUGGCUGUGCAGGUGUGCAAUAUUUUGGGGAUGGACGUCUGCGGAGUCGACCUGCUGCAGCUGAACGACGGUUCCUUUGUGGUGUGCGAGGUCAACGCCAACGUGGGCUUCAUCGCGUUCGACCAGGCUUGUGGGAUGGACGUGGCAGGCACCGUGGCUGACUACAUCCUCUCCCUUCUGCCAAGCCGCCUCAGCAGGAAGAUGUCAUUGCUCUCUGUGGUCUCCAGCACCAGCGAAACCAGCAGCGAGCCCGAGGUGUGUAUCCCAACCGAGGUGAUAAUCCCCACGGAGGUGUGUAUUCCCAAUGAGAUCUGCCCACCCGGCGCUACCUGUGCCAUCACUGACGCCGUCUCCACCAUGAGCACAAGCUCCACCUCUAGCGAGAGCGAGGUGGAUCUAACAGAAACAGGCCCCGCUCCCGUCACUGCAGAUCCUGCCUACAAUAUCAACUCCCUUCUCGCGAGUGAGAUAAAACUGUUGACUGAAAAAAGGUCAAACUGGUUUAUAUGCGAUAAUCUUGCUUGAGAAAGACUGAAGAGUGAUGAAGGGUUUUAGUGCAAGUUUGACUGAACAGCUGUUGACCACCUGAUACACACUCGCACACACUCUUCUCAAGCAUUGUGAUUUGCCAUCUUGUGUGUGUGAUGUGUUCCAUCAUUCCAUGCAACCAGAGACUUGCACCUUCCACCUCUUCCCACGCAAGAACGAGUGUCCCUGUAAACUCCUGACACUUUUCGGUGUUUUUGCGAUAACACACCAUAUGGUUGUCGGACUUACAAGCUUUGCCUCCACUUCAAGGAUACAACAGGAAGUUUCUUCUCCACUUAUCGAACCUGUGUGACUUCAAAACGUAAUAAAAUGCUAAUUCAGAAUGGAGAGGUCAAACCUCCAUGACAGCAGUUCAAAAACACACCUCUGAACUGAGAGCUAAAAUUGCAUCAUCAGAUUGGACACCGUGAAAACACGGUCUAUAUGAAGUAGUACUCGAUCUGAUUUGAUGAGCUCUACCACUGUACCCUUCUGACUUGAGCAAGUUGGCAAUUAACGUAGCAUUACAUAACUAAAAAUGAAAAGCAACAGUUGCUGCUAAUGAACAACUAUCUCUCUGGUAUGGAAAAGGGAAAUGUUUUGAGGUUCCAUGUGGUCAUUUCAUUGCCUUUUUUUUUUCUUUUUUUUCGUGGGAACCUAAAUGCCAAAAACCAAGCAAUGUUGUAUAAUUUAAAACAAGAAAUUACUAGUGAUAGAACGCUAACAUUGAUGUUAUGUGUCAUUACGUAAUAAUACCAAUAAAGACAUUUUAAAAAUGUCCAGAACAUGAAA